AUGCACUUUGUUGUGCUUAUUGACAGGUUGUAUGAUGUUGGGGGUCAGCGGAGUGAGAGGAGGAAGUGGCUCCGCUGCUUUGACUGCAUUCAGGCCGUGUUGUUUGUCGUGGCUCUCAGCAGCUACGAUAUGACACUGAUGGAGGAUCCUUCAGGGAAUCGGCUGACGGAAAGUCUUGAGCUUUUUGAAUCCAUCUGCUCCAACGCCGUCUUUAAGAGCUCCUCACUGAUUCUGCUUAUGAACAAAACUGACCUUUUCCGUGAGAAGAUCCUACACUCUGGAAGACACUUGAGAUUUUACCUUUCUAGUUAUGAAGGAGAAGAUUGUGACGUGGAGGCUGCAGCACACCACAUCACUGACACGUUCUCAUCAUGUAACAGCGGUCCCGACAAGCCCGUGUACCACCACUUCACCACCGCCACAGACACCACGAACAUACAGGUGGUCUUCCACAUGGUCAUAGAUCAGAUCAUUAAGGAGAACCUGGCAGCUGUCCAGAUGCUGUAAAAGUCUCCGGAAGACUGUUGAGAUUGUGUUUUUACUCAUUUAGCACUGGAAUGUUAUUUUUAUCAGUUAUUUUCACGUUGUUGUUGUUGUUGUU